UUCUGCCCGCAGGUCCGACAUGAACUGGACAGCGUGCUGGGCGCUGCUGCUGGCCGCCGCCUUCCUCUGCGACAGCGGCGCGGCCAAGGGCGGGCGCGGGGGGGCGCGGGGCGGCGCGCGCGGGGGGCUGCGGGGCGGCGCGCGGGGGGCUUCGCGGGUGCGCGUGCGGCCGGCGCCCCGCUUCUCCGGGUCCUCGCUGCGCGCGGCGGCGGCGGGGGCGGCCGCGGGGGCGGCGGCGGCGGGCCUGGCCGCGAGCUCGGGGUGGCGGCGGGUGGGGGGCGCGGGGGAGGCCGGGCUGGACGGCGAGGACCUGGGUGCCGGCAACGGGACGCGCCGCAGCGUCUACAGCUACUGGACCUCGGCGGGACCCGCGGCCGCGCCCGGCCUCUGCCUGCUGCUGGGGGCCGCCCUGGGCGCGCUGGGGCUGCUGCGGGCCUAGGCCCGGGACAGUGACCGCCCACGUCCUGGCCACGCAGAGGGCCUGGGACCGGCCCCGGACAGUGACCGCCCACAUCCUGGCCACGCAGAGGACCUGGGACCGGCCCCGGGACAGUGACCGCCCACGUCCUGGCCACGCAGAGGGCCUGGGACCGGCCGGAGACAGUGACCGCCCACGUCCUGGCCACGCAGAGGGCCUGGGACCGGCCUGGGACCGACCGCCCACGUCCUGGCCACGCAGAGGGCCUGGGACCGCCCGGGACUGACCGCCCGCGUCCUGGCCACAUAGAGGACCUGGGACCCGCCCGGGACCGACCGCCCACAUCCUGGCCACACAGAGGGCCUGGGACCGGCCCAGGACCGACCGCCCGCGUCCUGGCCACGCAGAGGGCCUGGGACCCACGCACAAUGACAACCACAUCCUGGCCACUCAGAGGGUCAAGGGGCCUUCAGCAUCCCCUUCCUGCCGUCCACCUGGGCCAGGGGCCUCCAGCCAACAAGGGGCUGCUGUCACCACUACCCACAGCUCUGCAGAGCCAACGAGAUGCCUAGCAACCCUGGCCCCAUGGACAUGAGGGUGUGGACAGUGCUAGCCCACCUGGACCAGUUACAGGCUGGACGGAGGUCCCAGCACAGACAAGCCAGAGGCGAGGCAGCAGGCCUCAGGUUCUGGAAGGUGCUGACACCCUGAUACUCUGCUGGGCCAACCCCACUGCCAGGCCCCUGGACCUCUGAGGGUGAAGGGGCACCAUGCUGGAGUGAGGGGCAUACCUGAGCCUGGAGCCUUGUUCCAGGACCGCUCAGCUCAGGGAUGCCACACUACAGGACACCUACCUUGCUGGCCAUAGCCCCCAGCCCAGACGCCCGCAGGGGCAGCUUCCCAGUGGGCUGGACGGGCUGAGGCCUGGCCCCGCCUUGGUGAGCCCCUCCCCCUCCCCACCCCAGCUGAACGUCCGUCCAUGGAGGGCAGCAGUGGUCAAAGGGGCCCAGGGUGCAGGCCAGCUCCCGGGGCUCCUCCCCACCUCAGCACCCCUUCCACACAGGCUGUUGGGUCAUGCCGGUCUGGUACUGGCAGGGAGGGUGUACCCCCCCAUUGGGUGCCCAGACCAAACAUUGCUCUAGACACACUGCUGGGCUGCUCCACACUACCAGCACCCACUCCCAGAUGCAGCCAGCCCAAUGCCCCCUCCCCAGCCCCAGCCUGAGUGCCCAGGCCGUCCUGCCUCCAACCCCAGCAUCAAGAAGCCUCUACAGACGACCCUCAGGACAGACCCUGGGCAGCACCCGCUGGCUCCAGAUGGGUGGAGACAGUGCUCUGAGGAGCCAGGGCUGCAAACACUGCCACCAGAGCCCAGGCCUCCUGGCAAAGCCAGCACCCCGUGGAGAAGGCCUGGGGUCUGUUGACCACACUGAGCCUGUGUGCAGCGGCUGGGACCUCCCACCAGUGUCAUCAAAUAAAGCUCCUGUGGCCACGUGCCUCCGUGGAA